AUGGGAGAUAGUGACUCAUUUGGCUUGUAUAUUCACCAUGGUGGGAAGUUUGUCCACUUAGGUGCAAGUAGAUUGUACUCAGGUGGUGACGUUUUGGGGAAAUUCGGUUUAGAUAAGGAUAGGUUUGGUUAUUUUGACUUAGAGGAGGAAAUCAAGCAGCUUGGGUAUACUUCUUGGAGGUGUUUAGCUUUCAAGGUUCCUAGAACUUUAGUGUUUAUGGAUUUGUGUGAUGAUAAGCAGGUAAUGCAAAUGAUACAAUGUUGUACAUCUACAAUUACAUGUGUGAGUAUCUAUGUGGAUGAUGGGAAAAAGGGAAAGGUCAAGAAGGCUGUCACUGAAUCUGAAACUGUUACUAAGACAGUUGCGAAGACUAUAACAACCACUAAGAGUAGUAGUAAUAAGGGGAAGGGGAAGGGGAAGGUAAAUCAGUCCAAAGGGAAAGAGAAGGUGUUUGAUAGGGAAGAGCCUGCUAGUGUAGUGAAAAAGCAGAAUGUGCAGAUUGAGUUAAGGAAGGGCAAGGAUACUGACAGAGUGGUGAAGGAGCAGAAUGUGCAUAUUGAGCCAAAGACUGAGCAUGAUGUGCUGAUGGAGGAGCUGCAUGAAACAGAUGAAGAUGAUGAUGAUUAUGUUCCUCAAUUUAGUGAGACAGAGGACGUAGAGUCAGAUGAUUCUUUAGGUGAUAAAGAGCUAGGGUCAGAAGAUGAAGAGUAUAUGCAAGCAAGAAGCAAUGUCAGGGAAAGUAUUGGUGUCAUUGCUGAAAUGGGUUUAGAGAAAGAGAAUGAAGAAGAAAGAUUGUCUGAAUAUGAUGAUUCUGACAAAGAGAGGUCUGAUAGCAGUGACUCAGAUGGUCAAGUUGUUAGAAGCAAACAACCUAAAGUUGUGUAUGAUCCAAGGGGAGAUAUUGCAGAUUUGAAGCUUGUUCUAGGCAUGCGGUUUGAGGAUGGUUUUCAGUGCAAGAAAGCACUGGUAUCAUGGAGCAUAGUUAAAGGUCAUCCAAUUCACUUUAGAAGGGUAACCAAGGAUCAGUGUGAGGCUUAUUGUGAGGAGCCUUGUCAGUGGAGAAUUUAUGCCAGUAUAAAGAAAAAGGAGAAGUCUUUGGUGGUGAAGAUCUUGGGUAAGGAUCACACAUGUGCAUUUGCAAUUGGUAAUAAGCAAGCAAGUUAUAAGUGGCUUGGGGAAGAGUACACUGAGGUCUUCAGAGUUAGACCUCAGAUGUGUGUUGAGGAUUUUAGGAAUGAUGUUAAGAGGAGGCUUACUCAUUCCCUCUUGAGCCAAUCAAUGGUGAGAGAUUUUGGCCAAAGGCUCCUGGAUAUCCAGUUGAGCCCCCACAGGUGAGGAUCAUGCCGGGUAGACCAAAGAAGAAGAAGAGAAGAGACAAGGAUGAGAAAGACCCAAAAAACCCUUCAAGGCUGAGAAAGACAGGCACCAUGAUGACAUGCCAAAGGUGUUUACAAGUUGGGCAUAAUUCAAGGACAUGCAAGAAUGCUGAAGUGGAGAAGCCUGAAGGUGAGAAGAGGAAGCCGGGAAGACCAAGAAAGUACCCACCCCCUGAACCCACUGAACCAACUGAACCCACUGAGGCACCCACAACAGAGGCCACAGACACCACAACAGAGGCCCACCCCCUGAACCCACAGACAACAGUGGCUGCAUCAUCAAGAGGAACGGGCAGGGGCAGGGGCAGGCCCAAGGGCAGUGGCAGGGGUAGGGGCCGGGGAAGGGAGAUUGCAAUGGAGAGACAAGAGGCAAGCAAAGGAAUAGGCCAUUACAUUGGAGAAGAAACAGGGAACUCUUAUAUUGCAAGUGGGAGUUAUGUGCAACAAAUCCCAAGAGGAGAUGAGCUGUCCAUUCAAGGCCCUACACAGGAAUCCCAAACCAACACUUGAAGAUGGAUUGUUGAAGUGGAGAUGAGCUGUCCAUCUGUCCAUUUGAUGUUGUUUGGUGUUUUUGAUGUUUUUGAUGUACAAACUUUUCAUGUUUCUGUUUCUUCAAGAUGGAUUAAGACAAUUUGAAUUUGGAUUGUUGAUGUUGAAGAUGUUUUGUCUCAGUUUUUGAUGGUAUAAAUAUCAUAAUCAGUUAUGUUAUUCCA